GGCACGGUCGAGAAUGAGAGUCAAGAGCUUCACGCACUUAUUAACCCUGGUAAUUCCACUCUGGGCUUUGGCCUUUUGCCUCCUCGUGGUGGUGCCGGUUCCAGCCCAGACAACUAAUCUGGAUAUCGCAAAACAGGAGCAGCAAUUACAGGAAUUGGAAUCAAAAAUGGGAGCGGAAGCGGAUCAGUCCAGCGCAAAUUUAGCUGGAUCAUUUUCCCGUUUCGGGGACAGGCGAAACCAAAAAACGUUUAAUUUCGGACGAAGAGUUCCUAUUAUUUCUCGACCAAUAAUACCAAUCGAGUUGGACGUCCUGAUGGAAAAUAAUGACGAUCGGACAAAAUCAAAGCGUUUUGACGAUUACGGCCACAUGAGGUUUGGCAAACGAGGAGGUGAUGAUCAAUUUGAUGACUAUGGCCACAUGCGUUUCGGUCGGUAAACACAGGCCAACAACUCGGCAGAGAUUAGUUAUUAUUUAAAUCAUAUAUACCUAUGUAUAUGUACAAAUGCAUCUUAAACACAUGCUUCAUUAGAUAGUAUAUACAAAAUAAUAAAUGUACGCAUUCCAAAAAUGGA